AAAUCUUAUUUCUAAAUCGGAAGGGUAGAACCCUAUUUUCUAGCAAUUUUUGUGCUAAAUGAUUUGGAUGUUUAGCUAAACGGGAGUUGUAGCGUUCAUUAAAGUUUGUAAUUUCUUCUUUUGUUUUAGUAAUUCUUGUUAGAUCUUUAUCGAUUCCUUCAUUGGUUACAUACCAGAGGGCAUUGCAUAUGUUUCGUAGUGUUUUGGAUUGGAAUAACCUACAAAUGAAAGUUUGUUUUGAUGAAAAAAUUAUUAAAUUUUAAGAGAGUUAUUCCAGAAAUAAUUUAAACAGAGAAUCAAAAUGACGUCAAUAAUAAAACUUCAUGCUAUAUCAGGAGCAAUGGACGAGUCUCCGCCUUGUUACAUAUUACAAGUCGAUGAAUUAAGAAUCUUACUUGAUUGUGGGUGGGAUGAAAAUUUUGAUCAAGAUUUUAUAAAAGAAUUAAAAAGACAUGUUAAUCAAAUAGAUGCAGUUUUACUUUCCUAUCCAGAUCCGUUGCAUUUAGGAGCAUUGCCAUACUUAGUUGGAAAAUGCGGUUUAAAUUGUCCUAUUUAUGCGACUAUACCUGUUUACAAAAUGGGACAAAUGUUUAUGUACGACAUGUAUCAGUCUCGUCAUAACAUGGAAGACUUUGAUUUAUUUACUUUGGACGAUGUAGACGCUGCAUUUGAUAAAAUAGUACAAUUGAAAUAUAAUCAAAGCAUAUCAAUGAAAGGUAAAGGUUAUGGUGUUACUUUAACACCUUUACCUGCAGGACACAUGAUCGGUGGAACGAUAUGGAAAAUAGUUAAAGUAGGAGAAGAAGAUAUAAUAUAUGCUGUUGAUUUCAAUCAUAAGAAAGAACGUCAUUUAAAUGGAUGUGAAUUGGAAAGAUUGCAAAGACCAUCGUUACUCAUAACAGAUGCAUUUAAUGCCACAUAUCAACAAGCUAGACGUAGAACUAGAGAUGAAAAAUUAAUGACAAAUAUUUUACAAACCUUAAGAGGUGGCGGAAAUGUUCUUGUUAGCGUGGAUACAGCUGGACGAGUGUUAGAACUGGCACACAUGUUAGAUCAAUUAUGGCGUAAUAAAGAAUCCGGACUUCUUGCUUAUUCAUUGGCACUUUUGAACAAUGUCAGUUAUAAUGUAGUCGAGUUUGCUAAAUCGCAAAUUGAAUGGAUGAGUGAUAAACUGAUGAGGAGUUUCGAAGGGGCUAGAAAUAAUCCUUUUCAAUUUAAGCAUUUACAACUUUGUCAUAGUAUGGCUGAAUUAACUCAAGUUCCAAGCCCAAAGGUAGUACUUGCAAGUACUCCGGAUAUGGAAUGCGGUUUCUCGCGGGAACUUUUUCUUCAGUGGUGUACUAAUCCACAGAACAGCAUUAUAAUAACAAGUAGAACAUCUCCUGGAACACUCGCUAGAGAUUUAGUAGAAAAAGGAGGAAACAGAAAUAUUUCUUUAGAAGUUAAAAAGCGUAUUAAAUUGGAGGGUAUAGAAUUAGAAGAAUAUUUAAAAAAAGAAAAAUUAAGACAAGAACAAAUGAAACAAGAGCAAAUUUUGAGGAAUUGUUAUAUUAGGGAAACUGCAGAUGUUAGCUCGGAGUCGGAAGACGAAAUAGAAGUAGGGAGUGGAAGAGGGAAACACGAUUUGUUGGUAAAACAAGAGAGUAAGCCUGGUUUUUUUAAACAAAAUAAAAAACAACAUCCUAUGUUUCCAUUCAUUGAAGAAAAAAUUAAGAUAGAUGAAUACGGUGAAAUUAUAAGACCAGAAGAUUAUAAGAUAGCAGAGACCAUGCCAGAGAUAGAAGAUAAUAAAGAAAAUGUCGAAACAAAACAAGAAGAAACCCUACAUCACCCAGAAAUACCUACCGAUAUUCCAACAAAAUGCAUGCAAGUUAUGCGCACAAUGACAGUCAAUGCAUCCGUUACAUAUAUUGAUUUUGAAGGAAGAUCGGAUGGUGAAUCUCUACAAAAGAUUUUAGCACAAUUAAGGCCACGACGGGUCGUUCUUGUUAGGGGAUCCAAAAAAGAUACGGAAAUAUUAGCGCAACAAGCUCAAAGCGCCGGUGCACGCGUUUUUACACCUGCAAGAGGAGAAACGUUAGACGCUACAACUGAAACUCAUAUAUACCAAGUUCGUUUGACAGAUGCUUUAGUAAGUGGAUUAAAUUUUUCAAAAGGGAAAGGUGAUUCAGAGGUUGCGUGGGUAGAUGCUAUGAUUGCAGCUCGUGAUCCAGUUUGUCGAGAUGCUGUAGCUGAAAACGGUCAAAUAGGAGAAAAUAGCGAUAAAAUACUUACGCUUGAACCAUUAUUGCUAAAUGAGGUUCCUGGACAUCAAACUACAUUUAUAAAUGAACUUAAACUAUCUGACUUUAAGCAAGUUUUAAAUAGGAGUAAUAUUCCAUCAGAAUUUAGUGGAGGAGUUUUAUGGUGUUGUAACAAUACUAUCGCUGUCAGAAGGCACGAAGCAGGAAAAGUAAUUUUAGAAGGGUGUAUUUCCGAGGAGUAUUAUAAAGUACGUGAAUUGCUAUAUGAGCAAUAUGCAAUUGUAUAAAUAUGAGUUAUGUAAAUAAAAUAAAUUAUUAUA